GCUUCUUCCUUGCAAUAUCUGCUUUCUUGCUGUUUUGUCAGGAGGUCUUUUGUUGUUGGUUUAAGUGGGAUUGUAUAGAUUCUGAAAGAAGGAAAGAGAGUUAUUGGAUAUUUAUACAAUACCUUCUUUAUAGAAGGAGCAACUACACACCAUGGUCAAACGCAGAACAAAAAACAGAACCCAUGUGGCGCAACCCAACCCGGUCGAUGCUGGAAUUCCGCAGUCGAUGGUGCUCCGAAUCGGAGGAUCGAGCGUCGGCGUGAGUCUGUCGCAGCUGGUGCUGGAUGUGAGGACGGUCAUGCAACCGCAUACUGCUGUCAAACUUCGCGAACGGAAAGCGAACAAACUCAAAGAUUACCUCACGAUGGCAGGCCCACUAGGCGUCUCCCACCUCCUCCUCUUUGCAAAGUCUCAGUCCAACGAAACAACCCUCCGCAUCGCGCACACCCCUCGCGGCCCUACCAUCCACUUCCGCGUCCAAAGCUACUCGCUCUGCAAAGACAUCCGCCGCGUGCAGCGCCACCCUCGCACGCUCGGCCCGGACGCGCUCGAGUCCCCGCCCUUGCUGGUCCUGAACGGGUUCCAGCCGCCGCCGACGGCGGAGAACGCGACGGAUAAAGCGCACUUGAAGCUGAUGACUUCGAUGUUUCAGAACAUGUUCCCGGCAAUCACGGCCUCUGCGUCGGCGCUGAAGAAGAUCAAGCGGGUGAUGCUGGUUAACUUUGAUCAGGAGUCGGGCGAGGUUGAUAUCCGGCACUAUCUGAUCUCGACCAAGACGCUUACGAAGCCGGGACGGAAGAUUAAGAUGGAGAUAAAGAAUGAGGAAGAGGAUGCGAGUAGCAAGGAUAUAGACAUGGCGGAUUUCGAAGACGAGGCAAACGAUCGCGACGCAGGAAGCGACGACGACUCUGACGCUGAAGAAGAAGACGACGACGAAGACGAAUCCGAGGACGAAGACAAAUUCCUGCCCUCGGCACCAUCCACCGCCGCGCGCGCCAAGCUGCAAAAACUUCUCCUGGCAAAGAAACGGCUAUCGCGAAAACUCCCACACCUCGGCGCCAGCAAAGAUAUCGCCGACUACGUCCUGCGCGAAGACGCCGAGAUGAGCGCCGUCACGUCCGAGUCUGAGGCUGAGGACGACGAUCUGUUUGACGGAUCGAUACUCAACAACGGGCCUGUGCGGAAGGGAAGCAGCAAGGCGGAGAAGAAGGCGGUUAAGCUGAUUGAGGUCGGGCCGCGGAUGAGGUUGAAGUUGAUUAAGAUCCAGGACGGCGUUUGCGAGGGUGAUGUGUUGUAUCAUGCGUUUAGAAGCGCGGGACCGGCGCCGAAGAGGGCGAAGAAGUCAAAGAAGGAGAAGAAGGAGAAGAAGGAGCGGGCAAAGGAGGAGGAGGAAUAGAGGUCUAAAAGUUUGAUUACGUUACGCAUGUCUGUUCUAUCAUAAAC